UCAUGUUACACAGGAGAGAAGAUCAGCCACAGCACACAGCUCCCAACCAGUUGAGAAUUACACCUUCCUAAUGGGGACUUCUAUGCGGGAUUCCUUUACAACUCUCACAAGUCACUGAAGUUUGCAAAGCAGAAGAGGGAAAACUCCACAGCUCAAGACCUUUCCAAGAACUUUUUUCCUCUUCUUUUUCUCAAUAUUGAAGUUGGGUCCCUAAAAGCUGCAGAAACCUAUUUAUUUGUGGCUCCCGCACCCUGCCUGGCAUAUACUGAACAGCUGCUAGUGGAACCACCUUGGGUUGACUCCCUCACCUUUAGUUCUGGAUUGUGCUCCUUGGAUUAGGAUUGUGGCUUAUUUAUUCUAUUUAUUUAUUUAUUGUUCCUCUGGACAGCAUGGAGGGGAAGGAGGAUUGGAGAGCUGCUGUCUUCUCUAGGAGUUGUAGAACCAUGCCCUGUAGGACAGAGGACUGUGGGAAGUGCAGCAGGUUCCCUGCACUCUUGGGAUGUGGGUUUGCCUUAUUAUCAGUGUUUUCCUUACUCCUCAGUCUCCUGGUUCUCUGCAGAACUUCAGAUUUACAGUCCAGGGUUUCUGAUUUAGAGAAGUUCAGAUACACUCACUUAUCUGCCUUAGUCUCUGCAGACCAAAGGGAGACAGCUAUUUUGGGAAGAGUUGACCAACUGCUGGAAGAGAAACUGCAAGCUCAUCUGCCAAAACUUCGAGAAGUAAGAGACACAAGUGUUAAAUGUCUGUGUCCGCCUGGUCCUCCCGGAGCAAGGGGCAAAAGAGGACAAAAUGGGGAGUCAGGGCCACCUGGCCCUAUUGGACAACCUGGUAUUCCGGGAGAUAAAGGUGGUCUUGGGAUGCCAGGACGGACGGGAAUAAAGGGUCAUCCUGGCGAGAAGGGAGCUCCGGGAGAAUCGGGAAUGUCUGUUAUAGGACCCCGUGGCCCUCCUGGCCAGCCUGGAACUCGAGGGUUUCCUGGAUUCCCAGGCCCAAUAGGAUUAGACGGCAAGUCUGGUCAUCCUGGGCAAAAAGGGGAAAAAGGUGAUCUGGGUCCUCCUGGCCCAAAGGGACAUCUAGGUGCUACAGGUGUUAAAGGAGAGAAGGGUCACUGUGCAGAUUACUCCCACAGGGAAUAUUUAAGUACUACUUUUGCAGCACUACGCUCCAAUCAGAUUCUUACUUUGAAGGGUGAACAAGGACAAGCGGGAAUCCAAGGACCACCAGGGUUACCUGGGCCACCUGGACCUCCUGGGCCACCAGGAUCUCAAGGAGAUCCAGGAUUGCCUGGUGUUGCAGGGUCACCUGGGAAAGCAGGGGAGUCGGGUAAACCUGGAAAAGAUGGAAAAGGAUUGCCUGGACCACCGGGGCCACAGGGAGAACCAGGGGCUGCAGGAAUUGCAGGAAGGAAGGGGGAACUGGGUGAAGCUGGCUUACCAGGCGCACAUGGGCUUCCGGGACCAGCAGGUGCCAAGGGUGAACAGGGAGAGCCAGGACUGAAGGGAGAAAGAGGCAUGCCGGGGAUGCCAGGGAAACAUGGAGCAAAGGGUGAACCCGGAGCUUCAGGAGUAAAGGGAGAAAAAGGAGACUUGGGCAAUGCACUCAGUGGAAUUAAAGGAGAACCUGGUAACCCAGGCCUGCCAGGACCUCCAGGACCAAAGGGAGAAGCUGGUGCUAUUGGCCAACCAGGAAUUUCAGGCCAGCAGGGUGAAAAGGGAACUCCAGGAAUUAAGGGAGAACAAGGCUCUUUUGGACUUCGAGGUCCUAAGGGAGAACCUGGGAAAUCCAGCCUUGUGGAAUAUAAUAGCAAUCUCAGUGAAGCACUACAGGGUCCUCCUGGACCUCCAGGAUCACCAGGUUUACCAGGACAAAAGGGUGAAAUUGGAUUACCUGGUGCUCCUGGCCAUGAUGGAGACAAGGGACCUCGGGGAAAACCUGGUGAAGCAGGACUUCCUGGUCCGCCAGGACAGGAUGGACUUCAAGGACCAAAGGGCGACACAGGUCCCAGAGGAUUACAAGGGCCAAAAGGAGAUAAAGGGGAUGUAGGACAAACAGGUUCACCUGGUCUUGAUGGCCCAACUGGAGAGAAAGGAGAACCAGGUGACCAAGGACCUCUAGGACCCUCAGGUCUUCCUGGCCCAAUUGGGCUUCCAGGACUUACUGGAGAAAAAGGAGAGACUGGUGAGAAAGGAGAUUCUGGAAACACGGUGUCUGGGCCUCCUGGCCCUCCGGGUGUUCCUGGGCCUGUAGGCCCUCCUGGACUUCCUGGACAAAAGGGUGAAGUAGGAGAGAGUGGUAUGAGAGGAGAAAAGGGCAGCCCGGGAGAGAAAGGAGACAAAGGUCCUUUGGGUUUACCAGGUGCCUCAGGUUUAGACGGCAGAAUUGGUCCACCGGGGACCCCCGGACCAAUUGGUGUUCCAGGACCAGCGGGACCAAAAGGAGAAAGGGGCAAUAAAGGAGAUCCUGGUGUUACAGGACCAACUGGACCAGUGGGGCCACCUGGAACUCCUGGUGAGAAGGGAAGCCGGGGGGAAAGGGGGAAGAAAGGCUCUAGGGGGCCUAAAGGGGAUAAGGGAGACCAAGGAGCGCCUGGAUUAGAUGCACCCUGUCCAUUGGGAGAAGAUGGUUUACCAGUUCAAGGCUGCUGGAAUAAGUGAUCGUUCUAACCUUGGAUUGUCCCGUGUGUCUGUACAUAGAAUAUUUAUUUUUAUACAGUGUUCGGUAGAAAAGAGAAACCAUAUCAAACUUUAUGCAUUUUGUACAGAAAUACUAAAAUAGAUGUUCUCCUUCUUUUUAAGCUAUCGUGUAUAUUGUUUGUUUUUGCUUUUCUAAUAUUUGUGAAGAAAUGCUGCUGUAUUUGCAUGAUAUUUGUGCACAUUUAUUAAAUAAUGCUUUUGUUAAGUUAUUAUACUUUGGUGCCAAAAGUACAUCAAAGAAAUGAUGGCCGUUUUCCUGAGUAUGAUGGUUAAUGAAAAAUAAAGUAAAUCGUUGAAUGAAACAUUCAACAACAAUUCCUACUCUGUGUAUCCAUUAACAUUUCAUUGUUCUAUAUGAGAACUUUUUUGAUAGAUCUCUUUUAUAUUGUUACUGAGAACAAGCAUGGUAUCAUUUGUAAGAUGAACAUACCAUGUAGUCAAUUAAUACCAUCUGUCAUGGAGACGGCAUGGAAUGUGCAUUACUUUUAGGAGAACUGAUUUUUUUUAAAUAAAUAAGUCCUUGCUUGGU